CACACCGUUGGAUUCAGAUCGCCUCUCUCUCCGCAGUCGUAUCUUAGGGGUUUUCUUCUCCGUUUUGAUUUCGAUUUCAUCUACCGGUGUACGGAAUGGAGAAAACUCCGACGCAGAUUGUUUCCGAACUGGUUAUCUCGUCCGAACAAGGCUUCUCUGGUGAAGUCACUACGGGAAGCUGCUACUACUCUUUCACAAAUCGAGCAGCCUUUAGUCACCGAAACUGUGAACAAGAAAAAAGCUCUGAAACUGCUUGAAGCUGAGCUAAGACCUCUGAAGAACUCCAUUAUAAAGCACGACCUUCUUAAAAACCGCGAUAAUGACGUGAGUCUUUUAGUCACUGUCUGUGUCAGCGAGAUUUUCCGGAUUCUAGCACCCGAGCCACCUUUUGAAGACAAGUACCUCAGGGAUAUCUUCAAUCUCUUUCUUGCUGAGUUUUCCGAGCUAUCUGAUACUGUGAGCCCUUAUUUCUCAAGAAGGGCAAAAAUCUUGGAGACAGUUUCUCGAUGUAAAUGUUGUCUGCUAAUGCUGGACGUGGACUGCCAUGAUUUAGUUCACGAGAUGUUCAACAUGUUUUUCUCUGUUGUAAGAGAGCACCAUCAACAAAAUUUAAGUCAUCAGAAAAAUGCUAAAACGCAGCAGCGAAAGGGUAACACGCAGCAAGCACAACAAAGUGUAUUUAAAGACAUUUUAACUAUAACGAUUGAUAUUCUGAAAGAAGAGUCAAGUUCGUCGCUUGUCGAGGUUAUUCUGGAAAAUCUUUUGAAGGAUGGAAAGGAUGCAACUCCUGGUGCUAAUAACCUUGCCAGUUCUCUCAUUGAAAACUGUACCGAGACGCUUGAGCCGUUGAUUUGCAGCUUUUUAACAUCCUGUUUUAUGGAGAAAGAUUCCAUCCAGACCAAUCUCAAAGAUUCUUAUCACGAAAUCAUAUUUCUGAUCUCCUUAAAUGCUCCCCAAAUACUGCUAGCAGUUAUCCCGAACUUGACCCAAGAACUACUGACUGAUCAGGUCGAUGUGCGAAUAAAAGCCCUCAACUUAGCUGGAAGGAUUUUUGCACAGCCUAAGCACUGUUUCGGAGAGAUAUAUCGAGAUCUUUUUGCAGAGUUCUUGAAAAGAUUCUCAGAUAAAUCUGCAGAAGCCAGAAUGGCUGCAUUGAAGUGUGGCAAACAGUGUUACUUGGCGAAUCCAUCUGGAAACAAAGCAUCGGGAGUUCUCACUGCCAUCCAAGAACGCCUAUUAGAUUUUGAUGAUAGGGUUAGAACACAGGCUUUGGUAGUUGCUUGUGAUAUCAUGAAGUUUAAUAUGAAGUACGUUCCUUUGAAUCUGAUUUCUGAAGCCACUGAGAGACUUCGGGAUAAGAAGUUAUCUGUUAGGAAGAAGGCUCUGCAGAAGCUGACAGAAGUAUAUCAAGAUUAUUGUGACAAGUGUGCAGAAGGAUACAUGACAAUAAAUGAUCAUUUUGAGCAAAUCCCAUGCAAAAUCUUACUGCUUUGCUGCGAUAAAGAUUGUAAAGAAUCAUGGUCCCAAAAUAUGGAACUUGUGCUCUCCGAUGAUCUUUUUCCUCGCCAUCUUCCAGUUGAGGAGAGGAUGCAGCACUGGAUCCAAUGUUUUGCCGUUAUGAACCAUAUUCAUUUGAAGUCACUCAAUUCAAUUUUAUCUCAGAAAAGAAGGUUGCAAAGUGAAUUGCGGCAUUGUCUGACCCUGUGGGGAGAAGCCAAGGAUCACAAUGCAGAAGAAGUGCAAAGAAAACAAAAGAGCUAUUUUGUAAAGCUUUCAGCUUGCUUUCCAGAUGCCUCCAAGGCAGAAGAACUCUUUCACAAAUUAGACCAAAUGAGAGACACAUCAAUUUUUGAUGCCUUAACUCUACUGCUGGAUGAACUGACAUUCACAAAAUCCCAGACUAUUAGAGAGAAGUUUCUCGAGACGAUUGGUGCUAAACAUCAUCUUUUCGACUUCCUGCGCAUACUUUCUACAAAAUGCUCGCCUACUAUAUUUAGCUCAGAGCAUGUCCAGUAUCUACUGAAUCAGCUUUGUAGUAGCACCUCUGUUAACACGCAGUCUAAGGCUCCUUCCAUCAAACUUCUUCUGGUUAUCCUCAACAUGUUCCCUUCGUACCUGAGAGGUUCAGAAAAGCCGUUUCUGAAGCUGUUAGAGGAGAAUGAUUCAGUUGCUGACGAGCUAACUGAAGCUUUAUCAAAGGCAGCUCCUUAUAUUUCUGUCAACUUUGGUGGCUAUUACCCUGUUUUGGAGAAGUUGUGUCUGGAGGGCACUCGUUCUCAGGCAAAAUAUGCUGUUUCUGCCAUUGCUUCAUUGGCUGGAUCAUCUGACAAUUCUGUCUUUUCCGAAUUAUGCGAGAUGCUCAUAGAUUCUUUGCUGGGGGGACGGAACAUUCCAACAAUUUUGCAAUCUUUGGCGUGUGUUGGGCAAUAUUCUGUUUUGGCAUUUGACAACAUAUAUGAAGAUAUCAGUAGCUACGUAUACCAGGUCUUUCAAGCGGAACCAUCUGACAAGCAGCCUCCUUGUGAUCAGUCUUCUGGUUGUUGUAACUCUUGCAAGAUUAAGGCAAGAAUAAGGCUGCGGCAGAAAGAAAUACAUAUAUAUGGGCUCAAAACACUCGUGAAAAGUUUCUUGCCCCGUCAUGGUCAAGUCGUAAGGAAAAUCGAUGAGUUGUUAAAGGUUUUGAAGAAAACAUUAAAAUCACAAGGAUUCGAUGGCAUCAGAUCAUGCGAUGACACAGGGGCCAAUGUUAGACUGGCUGCUGCUAAAGCUGUUCUAUUACUUUCAAGGAAAUGGGACCUUCAUAUUUCUCCGGAACUUUUUCGUCUUACGAUCUUGAUGGGAAAGGAUUCCAACGCCUUUAUUACCAAAACCUUUCUCACCAAAUUGCACAAGCUAUUGACGGAAAAUAUGAUACCCAGUAGAUAUGCCUGUGCUUUUUCAUUUUCCGUGUCUGGUCCAUGCAGAGAUCUGCAAGAUGAUUCGCUUAGAUACAUCAAUGGAUUCAUCAGAAAUGCUACAAAAGAAGCUCGGGCAUGUCGGGAUUUAGAUCAAGGGGAAUCGCUCACUGAUUGUCCACCGUACAUGAUAGUGUUCCUGAUCCAUGUUCUUGCACAUGACCCGAUGUUCCCUUCAGAAGACUGCAGGGAUGAGCAUGUCUAUGCUCGGUUUUGUAGCCCUCUAUUGUCGGUAUUACAGGUGCUACUUAGUAACAAGGAAACGGUCCCUUUCUUGUUAUGUAUCUUGCGUGCAAUUAAGAGAGCUGAGGAUGCUGUUAAUGCUUGUAGAACUCCUAGGCUACAUAUUCUGGCAGAUAUUGGUUACUCAGCUGUAAACACAUUAAAAUGUAAUGCCGUCACUUCCCCACAAGCUCCACGGUCAAUUUUGCUACCAUCAUCGUUGUACAAAUUAAGCCUCACUAGCAUGUCCGAUAACCAGGCAAGUCCUGCAUUGCGUGAACAUUGCUCAACUUGUGAUAAAAAGGAUAAGUCUCAUACUCGAAGUGCUUUGGAACAAAGUUUCAUGAAAAAAGUAGUUCAUAUAUUCCAAUCACAGAUCUCCCCGAGAUGUCAAGAAGAUAUCCCAGCAGUUGUUUUGGAGGAUAGAGGGUUGCCUUCAUUGUUGGGCAAUCAAAUCCAAACCUCACUGGCUGGUUCAACCGAAGCCAGCAAAAACAACACAAGGUGUAGCAGGAAGCGAACACAUUUGGGAUUGCCUGAAAAAAGUACUACUUCCAGAGCAAAAAAGUGUAAAACAGUAGAGGGGGCAGAACAUAUUUCUCGAAAUUCCUUAUCUUUGAGAACAGUUGAGUCGGAAGUUCCUAUUAAGAAGCUAGAAAGACAUAGUACUUGUUCAAAGGAGAUUGUUUUAGCAAGUUCCAGCGAUAAUGUGGCAUCUUCCAAACAUUCCGGGGUAGUGUCUGCUUUAAAGGAUAUCAGCAACCACGGCGAGGCAAUCAUUGGACAGCGGAUAAAAUUACUCUCCCCCACUGAUGGAUGUUUCUAUCCGGGCACUGUUGAGAAAUUUAAUUCUAAAAGCAACUCUCACAAGAUUGCUUUUGACAAUGGGGAUGUUGAAUUAGUUUGCUUGAACAGCGAGAGCUGGGAGACACUGAGCCAUGAAUCCUUGGGACAACAGGAAAUAAUGGGAAAGGAGACAGAAUCUUAUGGUUCGCGGAAUUGG